AUGGCCGCGGACGAGACUUUCUCGCCUUUUCCUCCUGAGUUUGCAAUCGCAACGGAGCGUCUUUCUAUUCAGCCCUUGGACCCGGACAAUCCCACUCAUUGCGAGUUUUUGGUUCGACUAUGGAACACAGAUGACUUUAUCCAAUCAAGCGGCAAGACGAGUAUCGAUUCGCCCGAGAAAGCCGCGGCGUUCAUUCGACGGCGGGUACUCGCAGACUAUGCUCGCAACCGACAUGGCCAAUUUUUGGUGUCUCGCGUCGAAGAUAACCACCCCGCAAAGCUUAUCGGAUGCGUAUCGCUCAUGAAAGGGUCCCCGCCUGGCCCGCACUAUCUGGCGCCCGACAUUGGAUUCACAAUCUUGCCCGAAGAAAGUGGAAACGGCUUCGCCACUGAAGCCGCCAGGGGGCUUGUUGACUGGGCUCGGCUCGAGCUGGGCAUACACGCGGUCUUUGGGUUCUGUGGGGUAGACAACGUGCGCAGUCGCAGAGUCCUUGAGAAAGUGGGCAUGGUAUACCGAGGGUCAGCGGCACUGCGCGUCUUUGCUGAUCAACAAAGUGCAGUUUACGUUCUGCCCAGCAUGGACAAGGAUCUGAGUGUUUACAAUUUGACUGAAGAGCUCCAUGACAACAACAACCAGUGA